AACUAAUUUUCUUCAAUGACAAGAAAAUUAAUAGACUGUUGGAUACCGGAAGAUAUCGAAACAUUAUGGAUAUGAAUGCUGGGUUGGGUAGUUUUGCUGCAGCUAUUCAAUCUCCCAAGUUAUGGGUCAUGAACGUUGUGCCUACCACAGCUGAGAAAAGUACCCUGGGGGUCAUAUAUGAGCACGGCUUGAUUGGCAUUUAUCAUGAUUGGUGUGAAGCCUUUUCAACAUAUCCAAGGACAUAUGAUCUCAUUCAUGCCAAUGGCCUCUUUAGUCUGUACAAGGAUAAAUGUAAUGCAGAAGACAUUCUUCUGGAGAUGGACCGGAUCUUGCGGCCAGAAAGCGCCGUCAUAUUCCGCGAUGAAGUCGAUACCUUAAUAAAGGUAAAGAAAAUAGUUGCAGGAAUGAGAUGGGAUACCAAAAUGGUUGACCAUGAAGAUGGUCCUCUUGUUCCUGAGAAGAUACUAAUUGCUGUAAAGCAGUAUUGGGUUGUUGAUGGAAAUUCCACUUCUACACAAUAAUCACUGAAGACCAAGUUAAAUUACAAGCGUGCCCUUAAGCUUCCAGCACCUUUCUGUUUGAACUGAAGCCUUUGACAGUGGCUUUGUUAUGAAGCUAAAAGGGACUAUUAGAAGAGUUAUAUGCACAAUUGUCAGUUAGCUAAGAUUUCAUAUGCAGUGAAUUUAUCAAGGAAGCUGAAGUUCAAUGUUUAUGCUCCCUGGAAUCUCGAAAAUUUUUUGGUAGAAGUUGCUUAUCUUGUACAAUGUUACAUUAAAAAAACAAAGACGCUGUCUUCUUUUAAUUUAAUAGUUUUGUCGUUAUUAUAUGUUUG